UCCAAUAAAAUCCCAGCUCUCGUGCUCACCUUCCAACACCUAGGCCUUCCUUUUCCAACUCUCUCAAGAAACAUAAGAGAAAGGGAGUGUUGCCUAUUUAAUGAGAUUACCUACUGAAACAAGCAGUGACAGCUAAAGGAAGAUAUGGGUUCUUCUUCUUCUUGGACAUCACUCUUCCUCCUCAUCCUCUUGCUUGGUUCAGCUCUGUACAUUUGCAAUGCAACUAGUGGUCUCCCAGAGCUGCCCAACCUCACCACCCUCUCCUUUGAGGAAGGCUACACACAGCUAUUUGGAGACUCCAACCUAAGGCUUCAUGGCGAUGGAAGAAAUAUUCACAUCUCUCUAGACCAGAGAACUGGUGCUGGAUUCGCGUCACAAGAUCUUUAUCUCCAUGGAUUCUUCAGUGGUUCCAUCAAAUUACCUUCAGAUUAUGCUGCAGGAGUUGUCGUGGCCUUCUAUAUGUCAAAUGGAGAUAUAUUUGAGAAGACACACGAUGAAUUGGACUUCGAAUUCCUAGGGAACAUAAGAGGGAGGGAAUGGAGAGUCCAGACCAAUAUUUAUGGGAACGGAAGCAUAUCUACAGGAAGGGAAGAGAGAUAUGAACUCUGGUUUGAUCCCACAGAGGACUACCAUCAGUAUUCCAUCCUCUGGAGCAGUCAAAGGAUCAUAUUCUACAUAGACAACAUUCCCAUAAGGGAAUUGGUGAAGAGCCAAAUCAUGGGUGGGGAUUACCCAGCGAAGCCCAUGUCCCUCUAUGCUACCAUAUGGGAUGGGUCCACCUGGGCCACAUCUGGAGGUCGCUAUAAGGUCAACUACAAAUUUGCUCCUUACACAGCUGAAUUUGCUGACCUUAUGCUACAUGGCUGCGCUGCAAAUCCUAAUGACCAUAAAACAAUCUGCAUGGGCAAUGAUGAUGUCUACAAUGGCAUCACCAUGUCAGCAGAUCAAAGGCUGUUAAUGGAGAAGUUCCGAAAGAAGCGUAUAACAUACUCUUACUGUCAUGACCGUAUACGUUACCCUACACCCCCGCCGGAGUGUAUUCUUGGUCCAGAGGCUGAGGGCUUCCUUGCAUCAGGUGAAGCAAAGUUCAGUUUUCGCCGCCGGCGUGGAAGGCACUAUACCCGGAGCUCAGUGGGCGUGUCCUUUUGAGUUUGAUUCAUUUCAUAUUGAACAAGUCCAGGUGGUCUAGAGAAGAUUUUUUUUUUGUUGGUUGUUGUUUUGUGUGUGUGUAAAAUGUAUUCUAUAACUCUAUUGUACUGUUGUAUAGCAAAUUUGCCCUGAGGGUUCAUGUCA